UUAUUAGAGAGCCAAUUUACAAAACCACUUCUCACACCUAAUCCCCUUGAGUGCUUGAGGAGUUAAAAUCCAAAUCUAUCUUGGUCUGCACUCAAAGAACAAGUGCUGCAGCUUUAAUACCAAAUCCACCUAUUCCCCACAAUUCUCAUACCCCUCAACAUAACUAUUCUCCCUUCUUCUCAAUUCUCUCAUUGAAGAUGUCUUUACAAGUUCAGCCACAGACACAGCCACAGCCACUGAUGCAGCAGCAACAGCAACCUGUCCAGGUCUAUCCUACCAGUGUCACAUAUGAGUCACCACCCCACCAUUCAAAUGGCUCUUUUGGGUCAGUUUUUGUUGUUUUGGCUAUAAUUAUAGUCAUUUCUGCAGUUGCUUGCUGCCUUGGAAGGCUUUGCAACCGUCGUGGUGGCCACAGCCACAACCAGAAACAUGUUAAGCCACAAAAGAAGCAGCAGCAGCAGCAGAACCACCACAACUUCCGUCCAAAAGAAGUGGACAUCGAAUUCGGGUUUGACAAGAGAAUCGCAGCUUCCAAGCCUAAUGGACAUGGAGCAGGCAGGGGAAUCAAGCCACUUCCUCAUCAUGGUGACGUGAAAACUUUCGAAAUGAAGCUUGGCCACCAAGGAAAAAUAAGACCAGGUCCAUGAAGGGAAUUGUUAGGGAACAUUAUUAUAUUAUGUAGGCAUGCCCAUCUUCUUGUUGGCAACUGUUCCACAUCUAUACCAUUGUGUUUCUAUUUAUCUUCUCUGUUUUUCAGUCUCUUAUUAGAUUUGCAACUGCAAGAUGAAAUGUAUAAUUAUCUUCUCUACUCUUCUUAUGGCCUUGUUUUCAUAUUUGAAAACAAAAGCUUGUGUUUCUCUCUGCAAUAUGGAUUUCUAAAAGUAAAAGGAGUGUAAAAAAUAGAAAUUACUCAUUUUAAACUU